CUCUUACUCUUUACCUCCUGUACUAAAACUCCACCUUGGCCAUAAGCACUGGUCCUUAGAAAGGCAGGGCCUCGAUAAAACACCAUCAAUCAUAGUUGAGGGUGUGUCCCGUACACGCUCCAUGAUGAACUGAGCUUCUCGUUCCUUGUGACUCACUUCAUCGCUUCUCCACUGUCUGGUUUGCAGAGAAAAGCGCCGGAGAAGAAAAAGUAAGCAGCUGCCUUUGGAAAGUUUUCUGAAACGGAAGAGACUGGAUAUAUAUCGCUGAUUUGGUCGCAAUGGGGGAUUUGAUCUCAAGCCACCUGGAUGAAGGCAAACGGGAGAUCAUUACAGCAAGGACAGCCGAAGUCCUGGACGAGUUCAGGCGCCUCUAUGAGCAGCAAUACGCCGUGGCACUUUUUAACAAGGUGCGCUAUGACGUGGAGGGAGGAGGAGGACCUCAACCUCAGCUCCUGCACCGCAAGGUGCCUCUAGAGAACAAGUCGAUCUUCUCAGGCAUGCUGCUGCAGUUUAUAGAGGAGAACAAAAAAUGGCGGAAUCGUUUUCUUUUCGUCCCAGAUUCAUACAGGAUCAGCUACUACGAAAGCAAGCAGGCCCAUGAUCGAGGGCUUCAGCCCAAAGGAAGCAUCAACUGUGCUGGUUACAAAGUGCUGAUUUCACUGGAUAAGUAUGUGGAGCUUCUGGACACCAGCCUUCCUGAUGUAAAAGCUAAAGCGAGCAGUUCUCCCUUCCUGAAAUGUGCUACGCAGUACCCGCUCAUCCUUUGGCACCCAUACGCACGCCAUCACUACUUCUGCGCAGCCACAGAGAAAGAGCAAGAGAAGUGGCAUGCUGUGUUUCAGGAUUGUAUCCGACAUACCAACAACGGUCUAUCAGAAGAAUGUAAGAUUCAGACCCCGGCGUUUACAGAUGCAGUGCGACUUUAUCGACAGGCCCAAGGCCAGUACGGCACCUGGGACAUGAUGUGUGGUGUACCUUCUCAGAUCCUGGCUAACCUGGUGAUGGAGAAGCUGCUUCCUGAGCUAAGAGAUUUAAUCAGUCCACGGCUGAAGGGCAAGAUGCAGGAAAGGCAGAAGAACUGGACGCUGAUCGCAGAUGCCGUGUACAGCCUGGUUCAGACUCAGACACAGUCUCUAUACGAGGCCAUAGUGCAGAGCUGUGAGGAAGGACGUCCCCCUUUGGAGGCUUCCAUACGCACAGACAUGGACCAGAUCAUCACCUCAAAGGAGCAUGUGACCAGCAAAAUCAGAGCUCUGGUGCUGCCUAAGGCUGAGAAGCUCCUGAAGGUGAGUAUCGAGCCUUAUAUCAGCUCCAUCCUAGAGGCCCUGAUGGAACCUACCAGCCGAGGCUUCUUUGAGGUGCGUGAUGUUUUCUUCAGGGAGCUGGUGGAUAUGAGCAAGAACCUGCUGAACGGCGGCAGCAAAGAGAAACUGGGAGAGUAUAUGGAGAAGAUCUCCAUGCUGGCCUACCAUCCGGUGAAAAUGCAGUGCUGCUAUGAGAAGGUGGAGCAGCUGAGUCUGGAGGGCCUGCAGCAGCGCUUCGAUGUCACCAGUCCAUCUGUGUUCGUCCAGAGAGCUCAGAUCCUCAUGAGAGAGCAAAUGGACGAUGCUGUGUACACGUUUGAGCAGCUUCUCCACCAGAGUCUGGAGGGUCAUGAGGAGGAAGACCCCUGCAAGAUCAUCCAGCGGUCCCAGGACCGAGUCAUCAAGAAAUAUGAUUAUGACAGCAGCACUGUGCGUAAGAGGUUCUUCAGAGAGGCUCUUCUUCAGAUUUUUAUCCCCUACAUGCUGAAACAGCUCUCUCCAUCCUGCUCUGCUGACCUUCCUCGUUUCCAAGAGCUCAUCUUUGAAGAUUUCUCCCGUUUCAUCUUGAUUGAGAACAUCUUUGAGGAGGUGGUGCUCCAGACAGUCAUGAAGGACAUCAUGAUGGCUGUGAAGGAGGCUGCUGUUCAGAGAAAACACAACCUGUACAGGGACAGCAUCGUGCUGACCAACAGCGACCCCAACCUCCACCUGCUGGGUGAGAACCCAUCCAUUGACUGGGCUGAAGAAUACGGAGAAAAAUCUGAAGUGGACGGAGAGCAUGAGAGUGAAGAAGGUGAUUCAGCGGCCAUUAAGAGGCGUAGAAUGAAACAAGUGGUUUCCAUGAUCCAGGUGGACGGACCCGGCACCACGCUUCCCAACGAGUCCUGCUUGGAAGUUCCCAGCGUUCAGAAGAUUCCUGAGGAAAAGGGUGAGGGAGAUUCUGACAUUCAGUGUUCUUCUGCAUUAGAAAAGGCAGCACCUGUCAAAGAGGAAGUCAGUGAGCCGCUGUCUAAAGAAACGGCACCUGAUUUGCCCAAUGGGACCGCGCCAAAACUUGAUAAACAAGAAGCUGCAUUAAAGUCUCCACACGACUCUGAAAGUAAGCUGGCCAUAGAGAGUGCCAUCCAGCAAAUUGAGGAUGCAGUCCAGGGAGAAGAUGGGGAGCAAAGUCCAGAUGGACUCGCCCUAGUGAAAAAUGAAAAGACCAUCCGCAUCAAAGUGGAAAAUGUUUCACCUCUAAAGGAGGACCAGUUGGCAUCGACUGCAAACCAGGAGGAGCAGCAGAUUGCACUGUCGAGCGCAGAGGAACCUGCAAAAGUUGAAAAAAACAUCACAAACCCAAAGCAGGAAGAGCAAACGGAGGUGUCUGAGAACUCCUCAGACUUGCGCUUGGAACCUCAGCAGCACGGCACCGACACAGACAGCGGCUUCCAGUCGCCAGCCAAUGAGACUGCAGAGGAGGACGAGCUGCAGGUUGCCGCGGCAGCGACGGAGGCGGAACAAGAGAAGCGCAAUGAUUCUGAAAAGGGAGGCGAGGAUGCUGGGAAGGGAGUUGACACACUGACAACACAGACAUAAUCAUCACUAAUAAAACAACAAUUUUUUUAUGGAAAACGCUAGAAACACCAGCCCACUGCUCGCAGAAGUGAUCAUUUUACAGAGGAGGGUUUUUACGGUGAUUGGUUUGUUUACACAUGAAACAUCUCAUACUUUCUACAGUUGAGUCUGUUUUUGAUUUUUUUUUUUAAACAAAAAACUUUUCACUUUUUUUUUUUUUUUUUGCACAUAUUUGAAUUUGCCGUCACACACAGAUGGGCUUCGUCAUAAAAAUGUCACUUAUAUCAUUUGCUAAUUUUUAUGUGGAUUGCAUUGAUGUUCUGCUGCAGAGUGCUGAGACAUGGGAUGCGUUUCUCACCAAGACCCUGUGUCUAACCAUGUAACUGACUCCAUUCCUUAUAAAAGUCUAAUAUGGUAUCGUAUUGAAUUUUAUUUAGUCUUUUUUUAAUACUUUAAGUCUUGCUUAGACCCAACCUGAAAACACUGAAUUUUAUUAUUUUUUAUAGUUUUAUUUCUGUUGGGUUUCCAUCUAUUAUUUUUUGUAAAUAUCCUUCACUUUAAAUGGUUCAAUCCGAGUGAAUUUAAAUCAUAAAAUCUUACUCAUCUUUAAGUUAAACAGUUAUAUUUCUGUAUCUUCCAUUACUGUUAAUUGUGAUAUGUAUCACAUGAUUCUGGUCCAGUGCAUGUUUCACGCUGAUUGUAUUCAAACUGAAAUGACAAUCAAAAUUGUUAAAGGUCAAAAAUCUAAUUAUUGCAUUUAUCUUUUGUUUCACUUGUUUAUUUAUUGUAUGAUGCACUUGCCUUCUUUGUGCUUCAUUUAAAAUAAUCAACAAUAAAUCAAUUCGAUUUGA